UGCAGCUAUCAGUGCGCUAACAUGGCCGGACUGCGACCACUGACGCCGGAGCUCGCUGCAGUCGCCGUUUCGGAGUGUAAUGAGCAACAGACGGAGAGGGGGGAAUUUAUAGUCACGCUGCAGAUAUGGAUUGGCAAGUUGCCGUAUCUGAAAGCUCGCACGGAUGAGCGGCUACUUCUGGCAUUUCUGCGACGUUGCCGUUUCAGCGUGGAGGCAGCCAAGCGACGCAUAGACAACUACUAUUCCCUGCGCAAUGAUUUUCCCGAGGUGCUGCGCUCCAGGCAGGUUGAUGAGGCGCUCCUGCAGCAGUUUGAUCGUGGCAUCCACGUCAUACCCACACGGCCCGUCAGCCCACAAGGACCCCGCGUUAUUAUCUCACAGUUCUGCAAGAUCGAUCCAAAGCAAUCGAAUCCCCGCGAGGCGUUCAAGCUACUCUUCAUUCUGCUGGAGCUGCUCGCCUUGGAGUGCGAUAAUGCAUCUGUUUCGGGCAUAUUUUUUGUAGUUGAUGCACGGGACGUCACAAUGGAACAAAUGCUCCAAUACGAUCCAUUUCUGCUGAAGAAGACCUUUAUGCUAGUGGAUCAGUGUAUGCCUCUGCGGUUUGCAGAGAUUCACUUGGUGAACAUGAUAUCCUCAGGACAGAAAAUCUUUAAUUUCGUCACCUCAUUUCUGCCAGCCAAACUACCCUUUAAGUUCGUAGUGCAUAAGAAAUCGGAGGACUUGUACAAGCAUCUGCCGCCGGAGGCGAUGACCAUUGAGUAUGGCGGCAACAAUGGCUACCAGGCAGAGGCGCUGGACUACUGGCGCAGCAAGCUGCUGGAAUACAAGGAUUACCUUGCAGAGGACUCACAAUAUUGUACCAACGAGAAGCUGCGCGUGGGUCUGGCCAAUGCCUGGGCCAGUGGCGAGCUGAGCGGCACCAGCGGCUCCUUUCGCAAGCUGGAAGUGGACUGAAACCAGUUCUAAUACGUGCUUAUGUCUGCUUUAUUCAUAGUCUUUAAUUAAGUAGUUACUAAAGCUAAAAAAAUACUAAGCUAGUUCUAUAUAUUUUC